AUGGCGCCAGCAGCAGGCACUGGGGUCGCGCUGCUGCCGCUUGUCUCGCGGUGCUGGUUCCGCCACGCGAUUCCCCUCGCGGUCCUCCUGCUGCUGCUGCUCUAUGUCUGUGCCUGGAGCGUGCGUGAGUGUCCCCUGCCCUCGGCUGCCCUGGGAGGAACCGGGAAGCUCCGCGCGGGCGCCCCGAGCCCCCUCCUCACUGCUCGGCCUCGGCCCUCCCCAGAGGUCCUCCCGGGCUGCAGAUCCGGGGCACAGUCGUGUGUUCCCCAGGGCCCACCGCCGGCCCAGGUCCCGCGGCAAUCGGGCCCCCCGGAGGCCCCCGAGUGGGAAGAGCCUCAGUGCGCGGGCCCCCAGGGAGCGCUGGGCCGCGUGGUAGGGCCGUUCCGAGCCAGCCUGCACCCCGAAGGCGAUGUGGCGUUGCCGCAGUACCUCGCGGGAUGGAGGGCGCUAGUUAGGUUCCUAACUCCCCUCGGCUCCAUCUUCGCCUUCGCCACGAGCGAGGCCUCUGCCAAAGUGAUGGCCCUCGAGGCGCGGGUGCACGGCCCGGAGGCGGCGCACUACUCGUCGCUGGCGGCCAUGGCGGCCUGGGAGCGGCGGGCUGGCCUGCUGGAGCGGCACGGGGUCGCCCCUCGAGACCCCGCCGGCUCCUCGGGCUCACGCACACUGCUCCUGCUGCACCGAGCGCUGCGCUGGUCCCAACUCUGCCUCCACCGGGUGGCCACCGGGACGCGGGGCGGGCCGGACGCCGGCGCGCAAUGCAGCGACGCGUACCGCACGGCGCUGGCCCCGCACCACCCCUGGCUGACCCGUCAGGCCGUCCGCCUCGCCUUCCUCGCCUUCCCGGGCCGCGGCCACUGGCUAGAGCUGGCGUGCCCGGGCGCCGGGGAGGCGGAGGCGCGGGCCGCGCUGGCCCGGGCGGCGGGCACCCUGGGGGACGUCUACAACCGCACGCAAGGCUUGCUGGCCAAACUCGACCUGCUGCAGCUGGCCUGAGGCCCCCGGAGCCCCAAGUGCCGCGCGUCCAGCCCGCCACUGCCCGGGAGGCGGGCCAGGGGCGGGGCCGCCGAAGCCACGCCUCCCUGUGACGCCACCGCCUGGAGGGCCCGCCCCUCCCGCUCUGCGCAGGCGUGGGGCCCGGGGAGGUGCCGCGCGGAAUAAAGAGCGUUAGUAGCGAGCGGUGGUGGAUUUAGGGCGUCUUGUGUGAUGACUGCAGGCGCUUAAGGGAAAUAGAAAACAAUGAAUGUGGGAAGAUGUGUCAUCCCUGUUCCCGGCAGCCGAGCGACUCACGCCACCCCCCCCCCCCCGCCCCGGGGCCGCUCCCAGCCACUCCCAAGGCUACCGCUCCCCACUGCGUGCCAAGUCUCCGGCCCAGACCUGCGCCCUGAGCCCCCGGCCGCGUCCAGCCGGCUCCUUCCUGGACGCCUCCAUAGACGCCGCAGGUGCGGCACGUCCAAGCCCUGCACCUCUGCGUGUGUCCCCCGUCCCUGCCCAUCACUAGCACCCUCCCCUGUCUGCUACCCAAGCCUAACACACCUGUGCGUCAGGCCUCACACCGGAGCAGGCAGAGCAAGUGCUCAGCUCAUAACGUGUGUUCACGAAAACACGUCCUUGGGCACGCCCACGAGAGUGAGCAUGAAAGCAGAUGGCCGUGUCACACGAUGAGAGCUCUCAAGUUGGGAGUCCAGCCCACUUUCCCCUGCACCCCAGAAUCCUAUACAUGCACCUCCUGAUUAGAUACCUUCGCCUGGAUUUCUGCUAGACAUAACAAGCCUAACAUGUCCAAGACUGAGCUGCGCAUACCCUUUCCUCCCCACCCCCACUCCCCAAAUACUUCCUUCGGGGAGUCUUUGCCAACUCAGUAAAUGACGAUUCAUUCCAUUCUUCGAGGUCCUUAAGCCAAAAACUUUGUAGUCAUUCUGACUUCUGUUUCUCUUGCAUCACACCCUCAUCUAAUCUGUCAGAAUCCCACCAUUUCCCACGAUCUCCGCUGCCAUCACCCUUGCCAAGCCAACUUUAUUGCCUGGAUUAUUACAGUAGUCUCCUAAUGGACUCUCUGCCCCACACUUGAUUCCCCUAUUGCGUAUUUUCAAAAUAACAGCCAAAGUAAUCUUAAAAUAUAGAUCCUAUCACAUCACUUCCCAGCUCAAAACCUUCCAGUGGCUUCCUAUUGCACUGAGAUGAAAAAAAAAAUUUUUUUUAAUUUAAGCAGGAAAUUUUCUGGCUCAUAUUUUCAAUUGAGAAUGAUGAAAAGCUUCAUAAAAGUCCUGCAUGAUCUGACUCUGUACGAGCUGAGUUGAACUCUUCCGAAUUUCCUUCAAUUUCUCAGGCAAGAUCCUGCCUCAAGAUCUUUGUACUUGCUCUUCCCUCUGUCUAGAAUGCUUUUCCCCCAAAUAGAGAAAUUACUUCUCUCCUUAUAUCCUUCUGGAUUUUACUCAAGUGACUCCUCAGGGAGACCUUCCCUUGUUAUUCUUUCUAAAAUUUCCACACACACACACACACACACACACACACACACACACACACACACUUCCUGUUUCCCUUCUCUACUUUUUUUUUAUUAAUAUGAGUCACUAUGUAAUAACAUGCUGUAUAUUGUACUUCUUUGUUUUGUCUCCAUUAAGAAAUGUAAGCUGCAUGGAGCUGAGAACUUCUGUCCAUUUUGUUCCUCCAUUGCUUCAAACAGUGCCUGCCACCUAGUAGACAUUCAAUAGCUUUUUGUUAAAUGAAUCUAUGAACAUUCAAAAUGGUUCUGAUGGCUGGAGCCAAGAGUCAAAAAGAAAAAAGGAGAUUGCACAAUGAUGCAAAUGUACUUAAUGCUGCUGAAUCAGACUUCAGAAAUGGUUAAGAUGCAAAAUGGUAUAUGUUAUUUAUAUUUUACUACAAUAAAAAAUUUAAAAGUAAA